GUGAGCAUUCAACAUUCAAAAGCAACUCCUAGUUAGCCAAAGAAACUGAACUCCACCUCUCACAGAUUUCUCUCAUGGCUUCCAAAUAUACUUUAUUUCUCCUACUGUUACUGCACUUUCGAUCUGCAACAUGCGACCAAGAACAGACCAACAUCAUCAAAUUAGGCUUUUCACUCUCCCCCACAAAUCACCCCACCUCAUGGCUUUCGCCUUCCGGCCGCUUUGCUUUCGGUUUCUACCAGAACGGGAAUGGAUUCUCAGUAGGAAUUUGGAUGAUGGGUGAGAUAGAAAACACAACCACAUGGACCGCAAACCGAGAUGAUCCACCAGUGCCAUCCACAGCCAAACUCGAAUUAACAAUGGAUGGUAAGCUCCUCCUGAGGACUGACUCUAAGAACAGUAAGCCAAUUGCUUCUGUACGUGAAUCAGCUUCCUACGCUGCCAUGAAUGAUUCCGGGAACUUUAUACUCUACAAUAGAGAUCACCGUGUCAUUUGGGAUAGUUUUAGUUUCCCUACUGAUACAUUAAUGGGAGGCCAAUCUCUGUCUCGCGGGGCUGCGUUGUUUUCAAGCGUGUCUAAGAGUAAUCGCUCAACAGGACGAUUUCGCCUUGAAAUGCAGUACGAUGGCAAUCUUGUGCUUUACCCCAUUCACACUCCAAACAUAUCAGUGGACGCUUACUGGGCUACUGAUACUUCCGAUAGGUGGAGCGAGAAGAAUCUGGAUUUGCAUCUAAAUUUGACAGGCGCAUUGCUUCUCAUCAACAUUACAGAUUCAACGGUGGAUGUCACAUUGAAUGAUGGCUCCUUGGCAUUCAACAAUUCAAUUAUGUACCGUGCAGUGUUGGACUGGAAUGGAAUGCUUCAACUAUACUCUCAUAGUUUCAACGGCUUUUAUGAGAACAAAACCACGCCCUUGUGGUCAAAACCGGAUGAUAAAUGCAGCGUGAAGAGCUUUUGUGGGUUCAACAGCUAUUGUACUUUGGAUGAUGAUCAACCCGUUUGUCGUUGCCUACCUGGCACUGAUUUCAUUGAUAUGGACGAGAAAUCUCACGGGUGCGAGAGGAAUUUCACUGAAGAGUGGUGUAAAGAUGCUGGAAGAAGCACCUCCUCUCCGAACAUCGUGCCUAUGGAGAACAUGGAUUGGGAUGACCCUCCAUAUUUCCAGGCAGAAAUGCAAGAGGAUGAUUGCAACAAGUCCUGCUUGGAGGAUUGUGACUGCGACGUAGCACUCCUGGAUUCAGAAGGACACUGCAUGAAGCAAAAGCUUCCUCUGAAGUAUGCUAGGAGAGAUCCACAAGCAUCAUCAAAAGCAUUCUUCAAGGUGGGGCUUGAGGGUGUAAAGAAAAAACAAACAGGUGAUAACACUUCGCAGGAGCCGCCCACGGUCAUAAUAAGGACCAAGGAUGCAACGGUUCUCCUCCUCGUAGUGACCCUAGGCCUUGUGAUGUGGUCAUUCAUAGCCCUCGCAAUUUCUGGUCUUUUUGCAUUCAAGUUGCGGUUUCUUGAGUACAGAAGGUUAUUAGACAGGGGAGAUAUCGGUUUGUCAGAGGAGCUCGCCCUGAGGUCAUUUUCCUACAAAGAACUCAAGAGGGCAACUAAUGGUUUCAAGGAAGAGUUGGGAAAGGGAUCGUUCGGAGCAGUGUACAAGGGAAGUUUGUCGAGAGGCAAAAGAAUCAUCGCUGUCAAGAGACUGGAGAAGGUGAUCAAUGAAGGCGAGAGGGAGUUCUGUGCUGAAAUGCGGGUGAUUGGAAGGACUCAUCACAAGAAUUUAGUCCGGUUGCUUGGUUACUGUGCUGAAGGAACCAAGAGGCUUCUCGUCUACGAGUUUAUGAGCAACGGCUCCCUCGCAGACCUUCUGUUCCGAUCCCAAAGGCGUCCAGAUUGGAAUGAGAGAGUGAGAAUUGCCUUGGAGAUCGCGAAGGGAAUUCUUUACUUACAUGAGGAGUGUGACGCCCCGAUCAUCCACUGUGACAUUAAGCCCCAAAACAUCCUGAUGGACGACUUUUGGACAGCGAAAAUCUCCGAUUUCGGGCUAGCAAAGCUCCUGAUGCCCGACCAAACCCGGACUUUCACGGGUGUCCGAGGGACAAGAGGAUACAUGGCUCCCGAAUGGCAAAAGAACACUCCAAUUUCAGUGAAGACGGAUGUCUACAGUUACGGGAUCAUGCUCCUGGAGAUCGUGUGCUGUCGGCGGAGCAUGGAGGUCAACGUUCAGAGGCCCGAGGAGAUUGUUCUUUCUUCUUGGAUCUACAAGCAUUUCGAAGCGAGAGAGCUUGAGAAGCUGGUUUGGGGCGAAGAAAUAGAGAAGAAGUCCCUGGAGAACCUGAUCAAGGUCGGGUUGUGGUGCAUUCAGGACGAGCCGGCGCUUCGUCCUUCGAUGAAAUGUGUGGUGAUGAUGUUGGAAGGGAUAACUGAUAUAGCGGUUCCUCCAUGUCCCACUGCUGCUUCCUCGUAACUGAGCACCCCAAGUAGAACCUUUCUCUACUCAAGAGUCUCAUCUAACAACACUCCAGGAGAUCAUAGUUUCAUUCUCGGUACUUGAGACAUGCCGUACCUUUUAAAGUUGAUAUUUUCUGGAUUAAAUAAGGAUUAUGUGUGUUCUAUGCUACAUUAUCAGCUCAGGAAGAAGAGGACAUCUGCAAGACUGCAACAAUGGGUAUUAUGUAGGUUCUCUCUCAUUCUAGACCAAUGAUCAGAAUCAUCCAAUUGAUUCUCUGUUAUCUAUGCCUUUCUAUCCUUUUUUACCCUUCAGCUGGUUUGCUCCUGAUGGUGUAAGAGUCAGACUUUUGUGAAUGAACAAAGCUAUAGCUUUUAUAGACGCAA